GAGCUGGGUGAAAAGCCACACCAUAUUUCAAAAAAGAAAAACAAAAUAGAAAAAAAAACCCAAAGCAAGGUUGCAAAUAACCACAGUCGGAGGAGGUGAAGGAGGUCCUUGGAGGUGCUCUGUGCCAUCAACCCAGAUGAGCAAUGUCUCCAUGUCUCCCCAGGUUGUUUGGACCUUCUUGUGCUGCAACGCAAUCUGCUGCCUCCUUGGGAUCCUGGGAAGGACUUGGUUUGGGGCAACUGGUGGAGGUCGAGGCACGAUGCCGUGGUGACGCGGUCCUCUUUGAGACACGUCCCAAUGAAGGACCAUCAUGCCAACCAGCCUCGAGGGCUGCACCUUUUAGGCACCUCAAAGUUGCCACAUUCCUUUUAUGUUCAAUGGGGAAGGACAGGAAUCACAUCCCCAAGGGACCUGAUGCUCCUCAUAAUCCCAUCUGGAGGUCUUGCUGCUCACCAUCAUCUAUGAGCACCACCAGGUGCCUCCAGAGAAGACCCAGAGCUUGACUGAUCCCAAGACAAACCACCUUUGGCCAUCUCUAUCUUUGAUUAAGCAUUCCAUGCCUACGCAGUGUCUAACCAGUGCAUCCCAUCCAGUUCCCGGCACCUCCAAGGACCUGUAGCAGAGCAAAGCUGGGUUUUGGGUACCAGACAGGGAAGUUCUACCUCCUCUCCCUCUGGCUGGCCAAAGAUUCUGCAACGAUGGCUGCUUGACAACCCUCUAAGCUGUGAGGGCAGUGGCACAUAGCUGCGGCAUCUCAUCCCCAUCCCCCCGAGGUGCAAUGCCGGUCCAGUAUGUGACGUAUGAUGGCAUUAAGUUCCCCCCUGCCUACAACUCCGAGCACAGCUUGAGUUUCGCCCACAAUGAGUUCCUGGCGCGUGACGAUGACAUCUUCAACGUCACCUACCCCAAGUCAGGCACCGUGUGGAUGACUGAGAUCCUGAGCCUUAUUCGCAGCCACGGCUGCCCCAGCUGGAACCGAGCUGUCCUCAAUUCUGACCGCAUGCCCUGGUUCUCAACCCAUCUGGGUCUGGAGUCAGCCCUCAGCUACCCCCCACCUCGCCUGCUGACCUGCCACCUCCCCAGGCACAUCUUCCCCAAGUCCUUCUCCCAUUCCAGCGCCAAGGUUAUUUACACCGUACGGAAUCCUCGAGAUGUUGUCGUCUCCUACUACUACUUCUCCAAGAUGUGCAACAGCUAUGAGGAUCCCACAUCCUUUGAGCAGUUCCUGAGGGACUUUCUGAAUGGAGAGCUGCCCCAUGGCUCCUGGUUCGAACACGUCCGAGGCUGGAUGGAGAUGAAGGAUGCACAGAAUUUUUUCUUCAUCACCUAUGAAGAGCUAAAGCAGGACCUGCACAGCAGCGUGAGACGUCUCUGCCAGUUCCUGGGCCAGGAUUUGGAUGACGAUGCUGUCUCCUCAGUGGUGCAAAAUGCCUCCUUCACGGCCAUGCAGGAGAACCCAAUGUGCAGCUCCAUCCUGCUUCCUGCAGACAUCAUGGACCAGACGAAGGGCCAGUUCCUGAGGAAGGGCAUCUGCGGGGACUGGGAGAACCACUUCACAGUGGCGCAGAGCGAGACCUUCGACAGGAUCUACCAGGACAGGAUGCAAGGCCUGAACGUGACCUUUCCUUGGGACAAGCAUUAGGAUUUGUCCCUCUCGGAAGCCAGCUAAGCACUGGGUAUAAACCAGCCACCAACCACUGGGGUAACUGGCUGCUGUUGGACAGAGGGCAUUGUAUUCAGGACUGCAAAUGGUACUGAACCUCAGCAUGCACGCCAUUAAUUUGCACCCUUUCUCCUUGGGAGAGCUUUUUCU